UCUAGGUAGUGCGAACAACACGAACAGACCUUUAAAAAGCGAUUUUACCAGCCGGAAAAUGGAACAUUAAAAAAUACUCUAAAAUGGCGAUAGAUGGCAAUAGUAACGAAAGAUUUUGGCGUAAGCGUCGUCGAAGAAAUUCUCAACCUAACCUAUUUAUAAUUGACGUGUCACAAUAACGUUUGAUGUUUUGAAGGAGAGAGAGAGAACGGCGAGAUAUCUCUCUCUCUCGCCAGAUCUAUCUCGAUUUGAUUUCGCGAUGAGAUAAUAAACAACUGUGAAAAUGAAUAGUCUAGGUCUAAAUUUAAUUUUAAGAUUGGGUUGUAUAUGCGCCAAAGAGACUAUUACGGUAAACUCGAGGAAAUACAGGGUCCGCGAACAUCUCGGUGAAGGUGGAUUCAGUACGGUACUCUUAGUGGAAGAUGUUGUUACACAUAAAAAAUAUGCUAUUAAGAAAAUUGUUUGCUAUGGAUCAGAGGACCAACAAUUAGCAAUGAGAGAAAUUGAAUAUUAUAAGCUGAUAAAGCAUCCAAACGUUAUAGAAUGCAUAGAUUCGACACGUAUAGGUACAGCGGAUCCAAUUCUCAACACGACGAGUGAAGUAUUUAUUGUUUUACCGUAUUAUCACAAAGGAACUGUAGCAAAUGAAUUGGAACGACGAGCAAGAAAUUGUGAUUACAUGAAUCCUAUAGAUAUUCUCAGCAUUUUUCUACAGAUUUGCGAGGGUGUGAAAGCAUUUCAUGAAAUAAAACCAGAACCUCUUGCUCACAGAGAUUUAAAAACUGCAAAUAUAGUACUUAACGAUGAUGGAACACCUAUUAUUAUGGAUUUGGGUUCUAUGGCAACUGCUAGAGUUCAAGUAUGUGGUACUCAAGCUGCACGGGUUUUACAAGAUUUAGCAGCUGAAAGAUGCUCUAUGCCAUAUAGAGCACCAGAACUAUUCAACGUUGAGAGUUAUUCUAUGGUUGACGAACGAACAGACAUUUGGUCAUUGGGAUGUAUAUUAUAUGCAUUAUGUUAUUUUAAAUCUCCUUUUGAUACUGUUUAUGAACGUGGUGACAGUGUAGCUCUUGCCGUAAUGAGUGCACAUGUAACAUUUCCGGAAAAUACUCCGUAUAACGAGGAUAUGCAAGACUUAAUCCUGUCAAUGUUGAAAGUCAAUCCAAUGGAACGUCCAUAUAUAUAUAGUGUAAUAGAAAGUGUGCACGAUACCAUUGCCAAGUUGGAAGGUAGAGUGUAAUCGCUAACAUGGCAUAUACUGCAAUGGCUUAGAUUAUGCCUUUAAGAAAUACUAUGCAACAUCAAGCAAAAAAUGUAUGAGAAAAAACAGAAAAAAAAGAAUGCAUUUAUGUAUCUAUUUGUAAAGAUCUACAAGCAAUAUGAAAAAUAUCGUGAAUCAUAAUCACGUACAUCAACAAAUUAUAUUUGCAAAAAAGAUAAUCAUGAAGAGAUUAUAAAAAUAAUACUGAGAAGAACAAAAAAUUAUUUUCAAAAA